AUGGAGGGCCACAAACAGGAAAUUGACCAAAUCUGGGCGGAUCUGGAGACCACACGGAUCGAAACGGAGGAACAGCUCAAGGCCUUCAAAAUCAAAAUGGAUGAAUUGGCCAAGAUCAGUCUUGACGAGGACCAGACACCCCUCCAAAAGAAAGUUGCUACUAACACCUUUUUCGAGAACAAUCCAGAAUUCCAGCCAUGGCAGGGGGUUGUUGCACAACAGCACGAACAGCAGGAGCUCAUUGUACGAGUUUUUCAGCAGCAAACUGAACAACUUCAGGAGAUCCUUGCAGCCCUCCAACUCCGAGAGCAGGAGUAA